UUGCCAAAACAUCAAACAAACUACAACUUCAAAGCUAAUUCUUGAUAUCAAGAGAUCAUCUCGUGUGUGAACCAAUGGCAAAUCCAAUUCAGAAAAGUAAGCUUGAGGCCGAUGUAGAGAUCCAGGCUUCUGCUGAGCAGUUUUAUCAUAUGCUCGUCAGUUAUAAACUGAAACAUGUGCAGCAUACUUGCAGUGACAAGGUUCAAGGAUGCGAUUUACAACAAGGGGAAUGGGGGCAAGUCGGUAGCAUCAUCAAUUGGAGUUAUGUGCAUGACGGGAAGAGUAAAGUGGCAAAGGAGGUAAUUGAAGCUGUAGAGCCUGAUAAGAACUUAAUCACUGUCAGAGUGCUGGAGGGGGAUCUAAUGGAAGAAUUCAAGAGCUUUUUAAUGACCAUUCAAGUUUCGUCCAAGAGCGGGGGCAGUGGCGCCGUAGUGCACUUUACUAUGGAAUACGAGAAGCUGCACGAUGGGAUUUCACACCCCGAGUCUGUGCUGCAACUCUUGGUGGAUCUCUCCAAGGGCAUGGACGCUCACCUCCCACAAGCAAACUAAACGAUGGAUUA